AUGACGGUUUGGGAGGGCACCUUCAGGUGUCUCGGUACGGACCACGAGCUCCUUUCCUGCGUGGUGGAAGUGAGAGCCGAAAGAGAGAGACGGAUGCACUGCACCCGACCGAGAGUGUGGGUGGGAGGACCGCAACAGAUUGACCACAUCGACCAGGAGGUUCUCACAAAGUUGGCGCGCGAUUGCACCAAACCUAGGCCGGGUAAGGGCUACAGGGAUCCGGAGCAGGUCAAGGCUGCGGUUCGGCGUGCUAAGGUUCUUAAUACUGGGGAUGCGUGGAAAUCAGUGCAGAAGCUCCGCAAGCAGGCCAGGCAGACUUGGGAGGCCAAACGCAUACAAGAAGCUACGCAGGGGGAUUGGGAACAGGUCCGACUGCUCAGGAUGAAGAAGAACACGGGCUGGGAUGCGCACUAUGCCGAGGCGCAAGCUGAGGGCCUGGCGCACAGCAGUAUACACAACCACCUUAAGGACAUUUACGAGACUGGGCAUGAGCUGCCCGCCCUGCCUCCUUGGCAGGGCGACUGUGUCGCCUUUACCCAAGAAGAGCUGAAGGCAGCGCUCGGUUCGGGGCGUAAAGGCAAAGCAGUUGGUGUGGAUCAAACAAGCAUCGAACUCCUGCAUGGGAUAUGCUCCACACCGGGGGGACUCACACACUUGCUCGAGUUUUACAACACAAUACUCUGUACGGCCCAGAUUCCUUCAGAUUGGAACAAGGCCAUCAUGGUCGUGAUCCCCAAAAUUCCCUUUCCGGAGAAGCCGGGCGAUCUACGUCCGCUAUCCAUGGGGAGCGCUGCGGCGAAAGUCUUCUCUCGUAUGCUGUUGACUAGAUCGGAGCCUCUUAUCGCCUUGCGAGGACCUGAGCAGUGCAGCGGCAAAGGACGUCAAUGCUGUGAUUUCAUCUUUGUUGUUGCUAGACUCAUGCAGCUCGAACAGGAGUGGAAACGAGGAGCUUGCUGGCUCAAGGUGGACUUGGCCAAGGCCUUCGACAGGGUUGACAGAAGGACCUUGGCAGAUCGACUCCUUUCCAGAAUGGGUAUGGGUCCGGAGUAUUGUUGUUGGUACAAUUUGCUCCGUCAGACUGAUGCGAUUCUACAGACGGGAUGGGAUAGUACGGUUCUUCGUCUUCAGGAUGGAAUCAAGCAAGGUGCCCUCGAAUCUCCUGCCUUUUUCAGCUUUCUUGCUGAGACAUGCCUACAUGAAGCAGCUGCUAAAUUUGAGUGGCAUAAACAGACCUCUACAUUCGAAGGAUUGAAUCUGGAUGACCUGUUGUACAUGGACGAUGGCCUGCAAUGGAGCCCAGGGGUGGAAGGGUUGGAACGCCGCAUUGCACAAUGGGGGGUCGUCCUUCAAGAGUUUGGCCUUCGUAUCAAUGCAAAGAAAUGCCAACUUUACUGCUCGCCGUACUACAAGGGCAAACGCGUCAUGAAAGUUCAGGGGGAGCUCCUUUUUGCCUCGGACGAGAUUAGGAUCUUGGGUCUCACCUUCAGGGUUGGCAUCACUCCUUCCGAACUAGUGGCACCGUUGUUGGCACAGGCGAGGGCGAAAUUCUGGGGAGGGCUGAGACACCUGCUUCGUGCAAAGACUCCACUUGGAGGGAGAGUCCGCUUGAUGGAGAGAAUCUUGGGAGGUACCGUGCUGUGGCCUCUUGCGGCAAUCCCGAUGGACAAUGCCAGCCUGGGACUUAUCAACUCCUUGCAACUUCAGAUGUGCAUAUGGAUGAUGAGGGUUGCCAAGCGACUUGACGAAACAUGGGUACAAUUCAGGGAAAGGGCUUAUCGUGGAGCGAGAUCGGUCGUUCAUCAACACUCCAAAAAGCGGUGGUCGACCCUAUGGUUGGAGAGAUGGUGGCAGUACUCUGGUCACAGAACACGCCUACACCUGCACGACUCGCAACAUGCACCAGCUAUUCUCGACUCCUACAGGACAAGGGUAUGGUGGUUGGAACAACAAGCACUCCUUAGUACAGGGAUCAAGCACCCGGGGCACAUUUACCCCAAGCUCAUGAACAUGGAACGAGACAUGGACACGGCCACUGGUGGGACGGCCGAGCCCAACAUCCACUUUGCAGAGUUUGGCGCCUACGCCACCACCGGACGCGUGACUUCGACGACUUCCCGGGUGGACCCUUCGCGCCCGAAUGGGACAUGCUUGGUGACCUCCGACAACUACCGUGAGCGCCACCAUGCACGAAAGCAAUGCGGCAGCCAAGGCAUCGUGUGCAAUAAAGCCACCUUGCCCCACUCAGACCCACAACGACGCCGCGGUCACUUACGAACCCCCAGCCAACCUGGAGACGAUCCGGCACUUCCUCAUGAAGCUGGGCGAGCCCAGUACCCCCUGGGCGUCUCCGAUUACACGAUCCUGGACACCAACUACGUGAAUGGAAGAUGCUGUGAAGUGAUCACUCUGUGUCAUGAAGCCGCCCUGCCCCACAUGAACAGGCAUCGAUGCUCACACUUACGACCUCUCAGCCGACCCCAAGACGAUCCUGCACUUCUUGAGGAAGCUGGGCGCGUCCAGCACCCCCAGGGCGACCUUGACUACACGAUCCUGAACACCAUCUACGUGAACGGAAGGAGCUGCGAGGUGAUCACUCUGUGUCAUGAAACCGCUCUGCCCCGCAUGAAUCGGCAACUAUGCCCAGAGCACUUGCGAGCGCUUCACCGACCCAGUGACGACCCUGCACUACCUGCGGAUGAUCGGCGACUCGUCUUCCCCCGGCUCGACCCCGAUUACACGACCCAGCACUUCUCCUUUGUGAUCCCUCUGGACGAGAACGGAAACCCGCAGAUGGCCACACCCUGCAGACGAUCCCUGGACAAGGGAUGCACAAGGGCAGUGGUUGGGCGCGCUGCGGCGGUACCAGACAACACCGCUGACCCUGGGGACUCCAUCUCCCUCAUGCAACGUGACCCCGCCACCGGUGCUUGGCUCUCCUACCUUGAGACACUCAGAGACAAGCUGGAGAACAUGGGCAAGGAGGAACGAACUGCUGCUGCUGGGACGCUACUAAGGCUCGUCAACUGGCACUGCACCAACACCCGGGAUGGUUACCUUCUCGGACACAUGCAAGGCCAGGUCGGGAUGAUCACGGCCUUGCUGGUAGCGGCUAUGGAUGAACGUGAUUUUCAAGAAGGCCAAGCUCCGCCGGAAAUCACUUGGGACCUGUGGGUGGAAGCUGAACGCCACUUGGACCAACACCCGGGCUCACCGAGAACGAGAGGACAUAGAAUGGACCCGGGGCUGCCCUGCAUCAUGCUCUUCUCUAAGGUCCCGCCGAGUGCCACACCGGACUCCCCCUCCGCUUGCUCGAAUGACCAGGAACCGGUACGAAGGCACAAAAGGACGAGAAGCAUCACCAUUGAGGUAUCCACCAACAUCGAGGGAGCAUCCUCGACCAACGUCCUUCGAACACCGCUGCGUGAUGGACACGCGGAGGUUGACCUGAAAUUCAAAAUCAAGGUGGAGAACCAGUCUGAUGAUGGUACAAGCUCGGCGGAGCCGCCUGCUGACCCUCCGCGGAGACCAGACAAGCCCAAAGAUCAGGAGGACGACGACACCGUAAUGCUGUCUGUUACGGGCAUCCUGGUGACGGCCAUGACCACGGCACAAGCUAUGGAAGGUGUCUCCCCAACGAUACUCAUGGCGCGCGACCAGUUGGGCCGCUUACGAAGGGAGGGGUGGACUCGACAACAGCAAGCCAGCGCUUUGUUCGUCCUCUUCCAGAGGAGACAGCAUGAUGAAUACAUGGCCGACUUCCCCGCCUACGUUGCCGACCUGGACUUGGACCUGGAUGUCAACCUUGCCCCUGCAUGCCUCCCGACUUUGCCUCCGGUCAUGGAGUGGAUCGAAGCUGAGAUCUGGGAGGAGUUCAUUGACAGGUUUGAAGGGGAGAUAGGACGGGCCCAAUCCGGCACAGGGUGGGCUAAGGGACAGAAGCAGAACCCCUCCAAGGAGCAGACCACGCUCGCCAACAGAGAGGACGAGGAGAUGGACUUGCCCGACGCCGAAGACAUGUUCGUCGUCGGCAGAGGAGGAAUGAUCGGCCGGAAAGGCUCCGGGGCUGCCUCGAGCCGAAACCGCACCCGGGCGACUCCAACGACAGCGGCUACAGAGCUGGGACCCUCCUCGAUGACGAUUAUUCAGGCGACUCAAGAAUGGUUCCGCCUCACGGGCCUCCGCUCGCCGGGGAACGAGCAGACCUACCCCAGCGAAGCUUUGACGCCCAGCUCCCAGCGAGAGGCGAGGCACACGCUAAGGGCGAUGAGUGAGGGGGACCUGAUGAUGAUGCAGCGUGCCCUUAUGCGGCUCAUGGGCAUGCUUUUCAUCGAGGCCGCGCACAUCCUCAUCAAGGUGCACGAGGACAGGCUACGUGCAAACGAAAUGGUGGAAGUAGAUGUGGACGAAGAAGAAGACGAGGAAACCAGCAUCUACAUGCAAACCACGCUACUUCUGGAACCCCGCCAGACUUGGGAAGCCACGCUGCACGAGCUUGUCAGCCUUGGAGACAAGGGAGCGGAUGGAGAUCAGCACGCUCUCCUGGCGCUACGGAGACGUAUCACGCAAAGCCUGUAUAUUCAAACUCCUCGUGGAGUCCAGCUCCACGCAGCACUCGUGGCGGUGACCGGGGGCAUUGAGGCCACAGUGGAACACUGCGACACAGCGCAGGAAGCCGUGGACUUCGUGGAUACCUGGUGGAAGAGACUCAAGUCCUUUAUGGAGCUGGGUGGCCAGGACAGCGGAGCGAGAAGCAGCACCCACGAGACGAACCACACGCCACAAGAGGUGGAAGCAUGGGAAUGUGAACGACGCCUGCUAUCACGGGAGGAAGCGGACCGCCGGGAGCACCGGCAGAGCGAAGAUGGCGAUUACCAGGACCAGAUGCUGGACCGGGAGCAGGAGGAGGCCAAGCAGAUGGACCGGGAUGCGGAGCUCUUCGAGUCGCACCUCGCGGAGACGUAUAAGGACUGGGAGAACUGGGUUCUUCUCAAUACACCGAACCAGCAGAAGCGACGACGACUUGUGCUCCGCAGUGCUUUGGAAGGGUCGCCUGCCAAUGAGGCCACUGUCGACCUGCCAAACAACCUGACGGCCCUGCACCUCACCAUGACGGUCGUGACUGAAGAGGCACCAGUUGUGCCGCCGAAAGUGAAGGGGGACGAUGGAGAGGAACCUCAGACGACCGGGGACAAGUUGGAGCCUAAGGGUGACCUCUUUGACAAGGCCUACGCAGCUUGGAAGAAAGGGGCUCUUACGGACGAGGGGGUUGACCUGCUGUUUGGCGAGGACUGGCUCUUCAUUUUCCAGGUCAUGAAAGAGGGAGUUGGGGAAGAUACCUUGAUGGGGAUGGAACAGCAGCCUUUGCUGGAGGGUGAGAAGUCGGUGACGCAGCUUGAUGGGGAGGAUGGCGAAUAA